GACCGCGGCGUCAGCGGUGACCGAUCGAGGGGAGGGCGGCGGCGGCGGCGGCAGGUCGCUGACGCUCCGGACCAGUGUUGGAAGUGACAGGCGGGGCCGGCCGCCCAGAGCGGGAGUCAGGAUUGUUCGGAUUCAACACUGCGGUUCCUACCAUGGGUUUGUCUGCAUCCACCCCUGCUGCUGCAAUCGGGACCUCAAGCGCCUCAGAGCACCAGACUGCAUCCCCGCCUUCAGGAUGUCCGAUGCAUGAAGGGAAAAUGAAAGGUUGUCCAGUGAGUGCACAGCCAUCUGACCCAGCCAGUAAGAGCCAGACCUACUCAGUGCCUGCCCACCAAGAACGCGCAUAUGAGUAUGUGGAGUGUCCUGUUACGGGCGCCAUGGUUGUGAAUAAGGAGAACCUAGAUCCUUCUAAUCUGAUGCCACCACCCAACCAGACACCGGCCCCUGACCAGCCGUUCCCACUCUCUACUGUGAGAGAGGAGUCGUCCAUUCCGAGAGCAGACUCGGAGAAAAAGUGGGUUUAUCCUUCUGAGCAGAUGUUCUGGAAUGCGAUGUUAAAGAAGGGGUGGAGGUGGAAGGAUGACGACAUCAGUCAGAAAGACAUGUAUAAUAUCAUCAAGAUCCACAAUCAGAACAACGAGCAGGCUUGGAAGGAGAUUCUGAAGUGGGAAGCCCUUCAUGCUGCGGAAUGUCCUUGCGGUCCCUCGUUGGUCCGGUUCGGAGGGAAAGCCAAAGAGUACUCACCGCGGGCGAGGAUCCGCUCCUGGAUGGGGUACGAGUUGCCUUUCGACAGGCACGACUGGAUCAUCAACCGUUGUGGGACGGAAGUCAGAUACGUCAUUGACUACUAUGACGGUGGCGAGGUCAACCAGGAAUACCAGUUCACCAUCCUGGACGUCCGGCCCGCGUUCGAUUCGCUUUCAGCGGUGUGGGACAGAAUGAAGGUCGCCUGGUGGCGCUGGACCUCAUAACCACUGCUUUGUUAGAGAUGGGAAAAUAUAAACUAUUUUUUUCCUAAAGGAUACAUUAAACUAUUUUCCCCAAGCUGAAUUGCACUUAUGAUGUACUGGGAAGGUCAAGUGGGCGAUGACCUUACACUUGACCGAGCGAAGGACAGCGUGCACGUGCUUUUUUGAGUUGUGUCUUCACGCUGCAGUUUAUUACAGAUCAUGUUAGGUUUCCUUCCCGCUUAGCUUAAGUGGGAAGCAGUUCCUUCAUUUUCCCUUUAAUGGCAGGAUGGUCCGUGUAUUUGAUCUAGGAAAGUCGGAACAACCUCUGAAAAAGCACUUUUCCCUAAAAUAUGAAGAGAGCUGCUUUUUUGCUUACUGUUUUCUCUUGAAUAUUUGAGAUGUAGCCCUAAAAACUCAUGUGAUGCUCAGGAGCUUUUAUCUGGUCCAAUAUUUUAAUUAGAGCUGUUCACUUAGGCUUUUUAAAGAGUUCCCAGCAUUUCUAAAGUCCCCGUGGUAGAGUAGUAACCCCUGACAGAAACGCCAAGGUUUACGCUGAAAUACACUCAGCAAAACUAAGCUGUGUCUUGGAUCUCCAAGUUCUUACAGGAGUGUCUCACAUACAACCUUGUUAGAGACAAGUGUCGACUGCCCUGUGAGUUAGUGGUGCCUGUGCAUUAGAAUAUGUGUUUUAACUUGCAUUUUAAUUCCCAUUGUUCUGAUACGUAACUGCUCCCAACAAGCAGGUCUCAUUGUCCCUGGUGUUUGACAAGGUGGCCUACUUUUGAGGCCCACUCCUGUCUGCACUUGGCCUACUCCAAAGCCUGAUGGUCUGGCUCUAAGACAUGACUGUAUUUUGCUGAAUGUUCGAACUCGCAGAGAGUAUUUUUCCCAAAGGACAGUAUUUGCAUCAACUCCCUGUCUCAGUUCAGAUAUUUUCUAAGGGAGCCCUAAGUUUCCCUUUGAAAUUCGCGAUACUGGUAAUCCACAAACGGGUUGUUUCUCUUAGCACAGCAUGUGAUAAGUAACUUUUGGGGUUUUUCUUUUUUUGAGUUGAUAAUAUUAACUCCUUUCAUUUCUCCUAAAUACUGGAAUUGUUAAAUCAGUAGAUGGAAUUCACAGUCUGGGGUGAUCAAUUUGGUGUGGAUUUCUUUGUUGUGAUAGCUUUGUGUGGAGUUUGUUUGAAAUCCAAUAAUCUUCAGCCCUCCUACAGUUCAAGAUAUUUGUAUAUUUUAAAAUAAAAUAAAGC